AUGCAGAUACACAAUGCAUUUUGGCUAACAUUGGCAUCACUCACCACAGUAUGUCAGGCAGACUUGAUGCAGUAUGCCACUCAGCUUCCACAAUGCGGCCUCAAUUGUAUACUUGGGGAGAUACCAAACUCGGCCUGCAAGACGGUGACCAACUCGACCUGCAUCUGCACAGAUACAGAUCUCUUUAGUUCCGUUCAAACCUGCGUCCUAGCCGCAUGUACAGUCGAACAGGCACUUUCUCGACUUACUGGCUUUGGAGUUGACAUGUGGACAAUGGAAAGUCGCACUAUCACCACUGCCCUGAAGGUCUUCUUCAUCGAUGAGAGUUUUUACUUGGCGCUUUUGGCCCUCUGCAAGAUUGCGAUCUUGUGUUUUUUCCUGAGAAUAUUCCCCAACAGGUGGUUCCGAUAUACCGUCUUCGGCACCAUUUCGUUUGUGGCACUGUCUGCCUUGAUUUUCAUAUUCCUCCAGAUCUUCCAGUGUCUCCCCGUCUAUUACAACUGGGAGGGAUGGAAAGGAAACUUCGGAGACCAUCGAUGCAUCAACGUCAAUACUUUGACGUACUCAGCUGCUUCAAUUGCUAUCCUUCAGGACGUCAUAAUCCUCAUUCUGCCUCUACCGUUGCUCAUUGGGCUCAACACAAGCUGGCGAAAGAAAGUGGGAAUCAUUUUGAUGUUUAGUCUCGGCAUCUUUGUCUUGAUCACGAGCUGCAUUCGACUGAGAUACAUCGUCAUGUUCGCGAGGAGUCUGAAUCCGACAUGGGAUUACACGGACACGAUUAUAUGGACAGCUCUCGAGGUCAAUGUUUCUAUCGUCGUGAUAUCGCUACCUGCGAUACGCGCAUACCUUGCCAUAACCUUACCAAAGGUCUUUGCUACAACCUUACGAUCCAAGUCGACUUCAGAUAACUCCUCCAGCAGUAGGGGUACGGGCAAAGUCUUAUCCAAGCAGCGCGCAUCAAAGCUACCCAGUGUGUUCUCCGCCUCCAGGAGACCCGAUGGCGACGAAGCAGAAAGUCAACUUGAGCUAGGCGAUAGGGUGCAUGGAAGCACUCAGACGGAAAUUGCAGUGCAGUACGACCACGGAGACGAUCGAUCUAACAGGUCCAUCACAAGCCAGAGCGGCAUCCAUGUCCAACAGACAACAAUUUGGGAAGAGGGUGGCCCAAGAGGGUCCGCGAAGGUGACUUGA